AAAAGCGUCAACCCAAUGCAAAUACUAGGUCUCGCAACUUGGUAUCACGACGUUCAUUACAUUAAAUAACAGGCAACAGGCAAAUAUGAAACGGUUUUUACAGAUAAAAUUCUUUAGUAGAAAAUACUUUACCUCCUUAUGGAUCAAUGAAUAUUCCUGCAACGUCUGUUAAAAUUGAAAAAACCGAGUCACGAGAUCAACCAUAUCUUAAAACAUAUGGUGGAAGUUUUAGUCCAGCAUCGCCAGCAACACUUGACGCAAUGCAAUAUCGCAACCCAUUAUCAAUAUCUCCAGGUCACUCAAUGUCCCCAGCAAUGGAUCAUCAUCAAAACGAUUUGAUGUAUUAUAAUAAUCCAUAUCAAUCACCACAUAAUCCAAACGUGAUGCUAUCACCAAGUGAUUCAUCAACGCCAUCAAAUAGUAACGAUGGCUGUUAUAACGCUGCACAAUGGAAUAUGCAAACAGGAAUGAAAAGUCCAAAUGAUUUUAGUAAUAAAAUACCUCAAAUGAAUAUUAGUGAAGCACAACCCAACACACAACAAUCACCAAUGUAUUUUACGCAACCAAAUAACCAUUGGGUCGAUUAUGGACCAAAUAUACAUAAUACAAAUGAUAUUACAAUGAAAAGUACAGAUAAUACUGGUGCAGGAACGUUUUGCGAUUUGGAUAGUCAAGAAUUACGAUUAUUAAAAACUGUUGGUGAUAAUUUACAAAAUUUAGAUUCAACAGAUCUUGCAAAUAAUUUACAUGUGUUUGAUCAAAAUCAAUUAUCUGAAACACUUUCAAAUAAUUUAACAUUAGAUAAUAAUAAUCGUACUAUGGAUGAAACUGUUGAAAAUAUGACUGAUAGUGGCAUUCAACGAACACUAAAUGAAAUAUGUAAUUUAAAUAAAAUGUAUCCCGAAAAUUAAAAAACACAUACUUGUUUAAUAGACUGUUCGUUUUUUCUUUUUAUUGAUAGUUUAGCACGUACCGGCAAAAAUAUACGAUCGAAAUACUUCCCUACGAUUUUCUGGUGAGGUUAUUGAAGUAUACGAAAAUAUAUAUUCAUUGGAUUGAUAAUCGCUGUUAUAAAAAUUGAAAAUUUUCAAUUUACUAUCUUUCGAGGCGUGAAACUUAUAUUAGGAAAUAAAGACGAGGAGACAACCUAUGCUACAAAAGGCUUUCUCACUUUGAUCAGCCUUGUUUUAACGAUAUAUUAGAUUUAAAAUCUGUUGACGUUGAAGUACGUUUACGGCGCUCUUAUAAAGUCCAAAUUAUUCAUGGAAUAUCCAAUGAAGGUGGGACUUUCGUUGAGUAUAAUGAACCUUUUGCUAAGCGUGUCUCAUAUAUGGACGGUCGUUUAAACUUAAGCUAAGCUCACUUAUUUAAGGAGGUUAAAAUUUUUGACAGCGAUAAGAAGUGUUGCCAUCCAUUAAAAUAUCUUUAGAAAACUUGUUUAUAUCUAUCAAAUUCCGUCCCAGUCAAAAGUUUGUAGUGCUUUAAUAUAAGCAAUCGUAAAAUUACUUUUAUAAAAAGUUAAAUAUUUCUAAAGCGUCUGGAUUUUUCGUCAAACCCAUAUUUGCGUAUACUUCGAUCCUCAAGAAGAUCCUUAAGAAAAAUUUUGACUGUGGGAUUCGUGCGCCGAUAAGUACUAGACUUAAAGUGCAAUCUUUAAAAAAAAAGAAAAAUAAAAUCUUAAUGAUAAAUUU